AUGCUCUAUCGUCGGUUUAAUAGCACCUUUGUAAAUGUGAAUGAUUCGAACGAGGUCGUUAAGGUACAUUAAAAUCUUUCCUUUAUACUUUAUUCUUGUGUUUUCACACUAAUCUCGCGAAGUAUAUCAACGGCACACUAAAGGAUAAGUUUGGAUUGGAUACUACGGCAAAAGCCAAGCCAGUGGCCGGACCAGAUGACCUACUUCUGUUGCUUGUUCAGUAUUGGGCUCGCGAUGAAUCCGUUUUUCCUACCGAGGACGACCGACAUGAUGUAGCCACUAUAAUGCUGUUUCAAUCCUACACUGGCGGUCGACCUACAGAGUUUGUUCAUUCAUCAAAGGGCAAAGCUGGCGAAGAUCCUCUUGGCAAGGUAGAGAUCGAUAAAGAUGUGCAACCUCGAGAAUCAUCGCAUCACGAUUGCGACGAUAAGAGCGACACCGAGGAUGCCGACGAUUCUGAGUACGAUAAGCUUGACGACGAUAUGGACUGCAGAGGUGAUCCUAAUAGCGGUUACAGCACCGAUGAGACAGAUAUUGCUAUGGCAGAGAACACAGACGAGAGCCUUACUAUUGAGAUCAGCGGCUCUAGAGAAUCAGUUCCACAGACUUGCACUAGUGUUAAACACGACGAGUUUGGUGAGGCGAUACGACAGUACAAAGCACUCUGCUAUGAGGAUAUCUGCCUCUGGAUAGUACAGAAUCCAAGGCCUGGGGGGAGAGACCUUCUUGCCAUGGAAGUUCACUUACGGCAUCAUAAAGGUGUCGAUAAUAAGCCCAAACCGUAUGUUGCUCCUUCCUACCUUCGAAGUUCUGGCUAACUCAUCUCAGCACGACCUUCUUAUUCCGGGAAAAUCCUCUACCGAUUCUUUGUCCGAUCUUUCACAUUCUGACACGUGCGAUCCGUGAUGAUGCCAUUCUCGUCGAUGGCUAUACAUUUGCCGAACCCUUCUUCACAACGGACCUUGGAGGUCAGGGUAUGAAAGCUAUGAAGGUACAUUGGAAGCCAGAAUGGCUCAAAAGACCAAUCUUCCGAAGGUCUGUUUGUUCCGUUAAUGGCUGGGUGAAGUCAAAGACAGAACCAAUGAUCUAUUCGAUUUAUGCCUUUUAUAUUGACCUUUUAGGAAAGGAUACUGGCUUUGAAAACAAGUUGACAAGCUAUUGCUUUCGCCGGGGAACUGCAAAUGCAGUCGAUGGUAUGUAAUUUUUGAUAUUUUUAUCUAAUUCUCUAGGCAAACAGCUAUUUUAGGCGUCGCCUCAGACGCUUUUCGUGAUCAGGUCAUGAGACAUGACCCAUUCACCGGAGUCUUCAACGGGGCCUACAUAAACAACAUCGUCAGAUUCAAUAUACAGGAUGCUUUUCUUGAAAGUGUGAUCUUCGAUGAUGGGCUUACUCGAGCUUUUAUAUAUAUGAGCAUUCGAUGUAACCUAGGUGUACUUAAGGAAGUUCCGACCGAAAUGAUGAAAUCACUUUUGGCUGUAGAUCCAGAUGUCGUCGACCUUGAGCGACAGUUCAAGAAGCUAUAAACUCAGAUCAAGCGGGAUUUUAAGUUCAUCAGAUGCGCGUCGCAAACGAUUCGAAAGCAGCACGAAGAUCUUCGAAAGAACCUUACGAAUGUUAAGAAAAACCUGAAAGACGAGAUUGAGAAGGAAUUCCGAAAGGAUUACUUCUUUCGUGUUCAUAACGAGAUGAUGAAAAAGCAAUUGUAUAGGCAAUCCGGCAAGGCUGUGGGGAUAAGGAGGACGAUACGCCUCUUGUCCAAUACCAACUCAAUGAACGAAAUCAAUUACAACGGAUUCUAUGUGAUUUCUUUAAGAAAUAGAAUCAACAAGAUAUUGUCUCUCGGAAGAUUUCUGCUAUCAAUCUCAUGGUCGCCCUCGCGUCUCGACAAGAGUUCCAAACUCGCAAGCCACGGCUUGCUUUAAUCCUCAAGGAUACAGACAAAAAGGAGUCUCCUGCUCCGGCUUCCUCCCAAUCACCGGAUGGAUUUCCUGUGGUCUGUGCGAAGACCCAAUGUAUCAUUUGCAUCGGGAACGACCGUCUUUCGUAUGAACAACGGAUGCGGUCCUUUCGUCGUGUUGCUCAUAUGUGGGACUAUGUUGAGAAUGUUCAUUUGCGCGAUCAAGCAGUGAGUGGAAUUUUUAUUUGCCACCAUCCUAUAUGCAAAGCUAAGGGGCUGGUUCUCAACAAUUUGAUACAUUUUAAGAGCCAUGUAGCCAGAGCCCAUGGGAUUGAGCUUCGACCCUGAGCUUCGACCCUGAGAAUAUUUAUCCUCACUAG